AUGUUGAAACGGUUUUACGAGCUUAGAAAUGAGAUAGCAGACUUUAUGAAAAUAAAAGAUAAACCACUAUCUGAAUUAAGUGACCCAAAAUGGAUAUGUAACUUGGCAUUUCUGGUCGAUCUUACAGGUUAUUUGAAUUAUUUAAAUUUUAAACUUCAAAAACAAGGACAGUUAGUAAAUGAUUUGUACAGCCAUUUGAAAGCGUUUCAGAUCAAACUACGCUUGUGGGAGUCACAGAUGCUGUCUCGUAACUGUUACCAUUUCAACACGCUCUCUGCGUAUGAAAAUAUUGCUUAUGCUCAAUAUGUUGAAGAACUCAAGUUACUGUCGGAACAAUUUUCGAACAGAUUUAGCGACUUCAAAAACAUGGAAGACUGUUUCAGUUUAUUUGUUACUCCUAUAAAAUAUAAUGUACAAAAUGCUCCAAUACACUUACAAAUGGAGUUGAUCGAGAUUCAAGAAAACUCACUCCUAAAAUACAAAUUUGAAGACGUAGAGUUGUGCGAUUUCUACAAAAAAUACCUAGAAGAAGACAAUUUUCCGCAGCUCAGAAAAUUCGCAAGAAGAUUGAUUUGUGCAUUUGGCAGUAUAUAG